GUUUGUAAGGUGAAUAAAGUUAAGUGAACCAGAGUCGGCAAUUAAAAGGCGAUAAAGUAACAGGUGAACACGCCCGGUUCUUUGUUCUCUGUUUACUGGUUCGACGCCGGAGAAAGAAAAAUGAAUAUUCAGAUCGCUUGAAGUACUUAGAAAUAGCAAGCCAACCAUGGAAAGUGACGCACUCGUGAUAUCACUCACUAAGUGAAUUCUCUUUUGACAAGCUGCAUAAAUCUUUUCCCUCAUGCCAUGCCGCACCGUUGAAAACAACAAGAUCAAGCACAGCUAGAAACACAAAGAGACAUGCGGGAAAUCAUCAACAUUCAAGUUGGACAAUGUGGAAACCAGAUAGGUACCGAGGUGUCAAAAUGUUUUGGCGAGAUAUAGCAGAGGAACACGGCAUCGACCCUACAGGAGCAAAAUCCUUAAUCGAGGAUACCCAUGGACGAUUUGACCGGAUUGAUGUCUAUUUCCACGAAGGCAAUGGUGGGCGUUAUGUCCCAAGGUCCAUCCUUGUUGAUCUGGAGCCAGGCACGAUGGACGCUGUCCGGGGUGGACCACUCGGAAAUAUGUUCAGACCGGACAACUUCGUCAACAGCCAGAGUGGUGCUGCUAACAACUGGGCCAAGGGGCAUUACAGCGAGGGGGCGGAGUUGAUUGACAAUAUCUUUGACGUCCUGCGCAAGGAGGCAGAGAACUGUGACUGCAUGCAGGGUGUCCAGCUCAUCCAAGCACUUGGAGGCGGGACGGGAUCCGGACUUGGGACUUUGAUUCUGUCCAAGAUUCGUGAGGAGUACCCCGAUAGGAUCUUGAGCGCCUUCAGUGUCGUGCCCUCCCCUAAGGUAUCGGAGACCGUGGUAGAGCCUUACAAUGCCACACUUUCCGUCCACCAGCUAGUGGAGGUAGUCGAUGAAGAUUUCAUGUUUGACAAUGAAGCCCUGUACGACAUUUGCUGCCGUACCCUCAAGCUUGCUAAACCUAACUACGCAGAUCUGAAUCAGUUGGUUUCCAUGGCAAUGUGUGGUCUUACAGCAAGCCUACGUUUUCCUGGACAGCUCAACGGGGACCUGCGUAAACUUGCAGUCAACAUGGUUCCAUUCCCAAGGCUUCACUUUUUCAUGCCGGGGUUCGCCCCUCUGGCGAGUCGAGCGAACCAACAAUACCAGAAUGUGUCCGUAGAGGAGCUGACUCAGCAAAUGUUUGACGCGCGGAAUAUGAUGACCGCGUGUGAUCCGAGACAUGGGCGCUACCUUACUGUUGCCGCCAUUUUCAGGGGAAAAAUGUCUAUGAGAGAGGUUGACGAACAAAUGCUGAACACGCAAAACAAGAACAGCCCUUUCUUCGUGGAGUGGAUUCCAAACAACGUGAAAACCACAGUGUGCGACAUAGCGCCUAAGGGACUCAAGAUGGCGGCGACAUUUGUAGGCAACAAUACAGCGAUCCAAGAGCUGUUCAAACGCGUGGGAGAACAAUUCACAGCUAUGUUCAGGCGCAAGGCUUUUCUCCACUGGUACACUGGUGAGGGGAUGGACGAGAUGGAGUUUACAGAGGCCGAGUCCAACAUGCACGAUCUAAUAGCAGAAUAUCAGCAGUACCAGGAGGCGGAAGCGGACAUCGAGGGCGAGGUGUCUGACGAGGAGCUGCCAGAGGCCGACCAUGCCCACACAGACCAAGAUGGCUCCGAUGAUGUCUUUUCAAAGUAGUAGUGACCUUAUUCUAGAUUCUCUUACAAACCCGGUCGGUCAAACAUUACUGUUUCUUGAAGUCUUUCCCUGAGUUACGUAGCAAAAGCCAUUUCACUCAUCAUAUCAAUUCUUUUUUUGUUUUAUUUGGAGGUUUCAUGGCAAAAUCGAUACCGGGAAAAUAUAAUCUCAUUUAAACAAAAUCACUAGACGAACAACAAAACAUGGUUCGCUAAGAUGACUAUCUACGUUUUUUUUUCUGUUGACGUGUUUGUUUUUUCUUACUUUCCUUAUUCGCUCUUAUAAUUUAUAUAUAAAUGAUUUCCUGAUCCGCCUAGAUUCGUUUAAUACUGCCUGCGUGAUAAACAAAUAAUAUAAAAUAAUAAGAAAAAAAAGUACAUACAUACUAUUAAACAACCAUAUACAGAGUUUUGAAUAAACCUAAAAAGUCAUAUAAA